CACAAGAGUUUGGUGAGCGGCCUCUUUUGCCCACGGUCUCGCUCCACCUCUCUCUUUCUCUCUCCUCUCUCUCUCCAAACCCUAAUUCGUACGGACGUCGUCCCCGAGCUUCCCGCAAAUCGCGCGCUCGAACUCGUGCCCGCGCCCGCGCUCGAGCUCGAGCUCAUGCCCGCGCUCGCGCUUCCCCAGCUGAAUCGGUAAUGCGCGAGCCGCGCCGAUCGACCGCACCGACCCGCGAGCCUUCCGCAUCGGGCGCUUUCGCGCAUGGAGGUCCUGGGGGAGGACCUGUCGGAGCAGGAGAUCGGGAGCUCGCCGGAGUCGCUCCGGCAGCUCCUGGAGUCCCAGCACGCGCUCUUCCGCGGCCAAAUCGACCGGCUCCAGAGCAUCGUCGUCGCCCAAUGCCGGCUCACCGGCGUGAACCCUCUCGCCCAGGAAAUGGCGGCUGGAGCAUUGUCAAUUAAAAUUGGAAAAAGACCUAGAGAUUUGCUAAAUCCUAAGGCUGUGAAGUAUAUGCAAUCAGUUUUUUCUAUUAAAGAUGCAAUUAGCAAGAAGGAAUCUCGGGAAAUCAGUGCUCUUUUUGGAGUCACAGUUACUCAGGUUCGAGAUUUUUUUAAUAGUCAACGGUCACGAGUGAGAAAGUUCGUACGACUCUCAAGGGAGAAAGCCAUUAGAUUGAAAGCUCCAAAAGAUUCUAAUGUUUUUCCCCCAGUAAAUUCUGAAUCAGCAACGUCAACACCUGUCGAUCUACUUCCAUUGAACUCUAUUGCGCCAGAUGUUGGAGAUGCCUCACCUUGCCCUGUGCAAAAUGAUCUCUUGCCUGGCAUAGAUGAGGCUGAUAAAGAUUUUGUUCAAAAUAUCUUCACGCUUAUGGGGAAAGAAGAAACAUUUUCUGGGCAGGUGAAGUUAAUGGAGUGGAUUCUGCGGAUAGAGAAUUCUUCAGUACUGUCUUGGUUUAUGACUAAAGGUGGUGUAAUGAUCUUGGCAACGUGGUUGAGCCAAGCAUCCGCUGAAGAACAAACCAGUGUGCUUUCUAUCAUCCUUGAGGUUCUCUCUCAUUUGCCUCUACAUAAAGCUCUUCCUAGUCAAUUGUCUGCCGUUCUCCAAACUGUUAACAGACUGCGGUUUUAUAGGACAUCAGAUGUAUCAAACAGGGCAAAGGCUUUGCUAUCAAAAUGGAGCAAAAUGUUUGCACGGGCCCAGGUUAAUAAGAAGCCCAAUGGCGUGAGAUCUCGUAAUGCAAUGCAGAAAGAAAUGAUGGUGAAGCAGAGGUUUGGUGAAAUCAUGGGUGAUGAAGCAUGGCAUUCAGAUAACAGUUUAUCUGAAGAGAUUCUCGCUUCAUGUGAAAAUUUGGAGGUUACUAGGAGGUUGGAAUCUUCACAAGCACUAAAACUCUUGCCUGCUUCAGCUGAUGAUUCAAGUAGGAAACAUGCCCUUGGUGUAACUUCAGCCCAAAAUAGAGAGCGCAGGAAAGUGCAGAUGGUGGAACAGCCUGGGCAGAAAAUGGCUGGCAGAAGCCCACAGGCUUCCAGAGUGGCUUCUGCUAGCCGCAGUCGGCCAAUGUCUGUUGAUGAUAUUCAGAAGGCAAAAAUGCGGCAACUGCACAUGCAGAACAAAUAUGGAAAGAGCGGGUCCUCUUGUAAUGAGAGUAAUGAAAUAAAAACUGAAAGUUCUAUUAAAACUUCAAUGACUAAGACAGUCAAUUUGCCUCCAGCAGCUACAGUUCAUGUUCAGUCCGAAGGUGAACUACAAAAGAAUGUGAUGCCCUCUGAAGCUCCUCAGAAGCUUGAUAUGUCUUUUGCAAAGACCAAAUUGGAUUCAAGGGAGACUGUAUUGGAGGGCUGUAAGAGGGUUCGGAUCCCGUGGAAGAGACCGGCAGAAGUCAAACUGGACGAUCAGUGGAGGGUGGGUGGAGGUGAGGAUAGCAAAGAAGUCGAAUUCCAGAAAAACAGGAAUCGCCGCGAGAAAGAGACUAUCUACAGGACAGUCCAAGAGAUACCCCCCAAUCCAAAAGAGCCGUGGGAUCGCGAGAUGGACUAUGAUGACUCGCUAACCCCAGUGAUUUCACUUGAACAGUUACCCGAUGCUGAUGUCGUCCCAGAAGCACAGGUUCCUUCUAAUGAAAAUGCAAGAGCAGGAUUGGCUUCGAUGUCACAAAACAGUAAUCCUGCUCCGGCAGAGCCCGAUCUCGAGUUGCUGGCUGUGCUGCUCAAGAACCCAGAGAUUGUUUUCGCACUGACCUCGGGGGGAGCCGGGAGCUUAUCGAGUGCAGAUACAGUGAGACUUCUUGAUAUGAUUAAGGCUGGAGGUGGAGCAGCCGGGAAUUUGAAUGGACUUGGUGUCGGCGCUGGCAUUGGCGUGGGUGGCAGAACAGGAGAGAGGGUUGAAGUGUCCCUCCCAUCUCCAACGCCUUCCAGCAAUCCUCCCGUAACGGGUGUUUGGUCAGAUGGUGUAAGGAAUCCAUUUUCCAGGCACAACGCUUCGGCUUCGGCAGCGAGUACGUCAGGAAGUUUCCAAGGGCAUGCCUCCACCACUGUAGCACCGCCCCUACAGGCGUCCAAUUUUCCUGCUACGGUCCGACAAGAAGCAAGAAAUGUCCAAAACUCCCUGUCUCAGUCAAGUCAAGUUCAUACACAUUCGAUGAUGGCCCCAUCUCUCCAACAUAGAAUUCCCAUCGAGUCCGCAGCUGUUCAAUCACAAGCCCAGGAAGCGUUUGCUCCCAUGAACGGAGUACAGAACCCGACCUCGACGGGGAAAAGGCCAAUGCAUUCACUUCCAUAUUCAGCAGUCACAUCACCACAGCUGCAGCCAAUGCAGCGGGCGCACCCAUCUCUGUACUCCGGUGGUCCCGGUCCUUCCAUGGACAUGAAUUCUUCAUGGGGAGGUGGACGUGAGAUAAAUCAUCAGUAUAGUCACCCUCAUUCUUAUUCUCAAACUAACCAAUCAACUUUUAGUGCCUCAUCUCGGGCUCCCUAUGAAAGAAAUAACUACGCCAGGGAGGAUUUCGAAUCUUGGAGCCAGGAAAAUAGCCCGACGAGGUAUCCACCGGGAAGGAACAUACCGGAGGCGAGAGCAGUUCCUGAUCGGUUUUCUGGGCCGGAGAGUUCGAGGCAUGGGAGCUCCUCUGGGUUCUGGGACCAUAACAGGGACCAUAAUAGGCAUGGAGGCAGGUGGCAGCGAGACUGGAGACGCUGAGUUUUGUGGACAUUCAUGUUGUCUCGAACUCGAUGAAUGUUCACUUUGCAAGCAUGGACAUUUAGGGAGGAGUGGAUAAGAGAGAUUCCAGAACAGGCGUAAGAAAACCGAAACCUGGUCCAGAAUCAAGCUGUUCACAAAAAAAUUGAAUUUUGAUACAUUCAGUGUGUGAGGGACAAGAUCUGAAAUGAUCGCGUACCAAAAAUUCGCAAGAUCAGCGGCUGCUGUCCUGUUGUAAAACCCAUGAAUGAAAACUCGGGAGGGUCGAGGUCGGGGUUGAAGCUGGAGGUGGAGGUGGAGGUGGAGGUUGAAAAAUCUGAUGGGCCUUGUAAAGAUUGAAUUUUUAUUGAAACAGCCUGGAGCUGCGAGUCAACUGACCAUUAAUCGGAUAUUUUAUUAAUUUUUGAGCCCCAAAGAAAAGGGCAUUUCAUUGUACAUUCUGGGACCCAGCCCACUAUCUUAAGUACUUUAAAUGAUUCUUAUCAAGAAA